UUACUAUUGAUAUUGAUAUUGACCAACUUUGGCUUACCGUUUUUUGUGGCCCAAUUCUUUAAGGUUUACUUGGUACUUUGAGUAACGUUGAAUAAUCGAAGAAUACUGAUAUUUCGUGAAGUUCACCUAUUUAACGACAAUGCGCUUCAAGUUUGGUAAUUUCGGGCGUUUGAGGCAUGGUGGUAGUCCUUACGAAGACAAGCGUUGGCGUUGUUGUCUUUGUUGUCAUGUUAGGACAGGUACCAUCUUUUUAGGAGUAUGGCACCUAGCUUUGCAUAUGUUGUCAUUGGCUGCUAUUGCAGUCUUGGUCUUGCAUCCACAAUCCAUUAACCAAAAAUCUGUCCUACGAAAUGGAAAUGGAAUAUCUUUUGCCGAAGGUGAAAUUGAUCAAGAUUUGCUUUCUGUCCUCCCAACACCACUGAGUGCAGAAAAUCAUGAAGAACCACAAGCUCUACCAUUAUCAGAAACUAUAACAGGACCAGUUCAACCAGCAAAGUCAAAUACUGAUGCUUCAUCUAAACUUCUGUAUGGAUCUUUUGUUUAUAAAGAUUGGUUUGGUGAACAUCCACCCCCAGAUCGUCAUGUGACCUACCAGGAUUUAAAUAUUAGCAUUGGUGUAAAUUUUUGCACAUUGGGCAUCACUCUACUGAUGAUUUAUGGAGCAGUUCGAGGCAAAUCAAUUUACAUUAUGCCCUUUUUUUGUCUCCAAGCCUUUGAGUUUUUUGUUACAAGCCUGUCUGUCAUUGGCUACUUGUCUUAUGUACCUGACAUUAGACAAGUUUUGAUUAAAAGCCCAAACAUCCCACUGAGGAAUGAACUUCUCGCCAUGGAUCCACAGUGUCUCUCCUUGCUAAUUUUGGCUGGCAUUUUGUUAAUGCUAAUGGCCAAAGUUUAUUUCAUCAGCAUUGUUUGGAGUUGCUACAAAUACCUUACUAUGAGGGCCGAAGCCGUCCUCGAACGGGACAAUUGCAUUUCUGGUAUAGUUGAUGGACAAAACUUGCUUGAAAUUCCUUCUUCUAUGUGCUCACCUGGCUCGGACUUGCCAGACUAUGCUACAGCAAUGUCGGAUCCGCGUUUCGCUAAAAAACCUAUCUAUCCCGUUCCGCCUCCGCCGUAUGCUGCUGUCGCUGAUGUAACAUCGGAUUCUGAAGCUUCUGAAUCUGAGACUGCUAACGCCGCUCUAUCACCUGAAACUCCAAAACCUUAAAGCAGUUCAAAGUCGUGGAAAGGAUAAACUUUAGAGUUAUACUACAAAAAUUUGCCUGGCGAAUCCAGUGGGCUUAGUGCUACCACGAAUUUACUUCUCAUAUUACCACCCCCUUUGUUAACUUUUUUUUUUAUUCUUUAAGUUUUUUUAAAUUAUAGAAUAAGAACGCUUCGGUUAUUACGUAGAGUCAAGACUGCAACUGUAGAUGUUUAGAAACGCAAGAAUUCUUUCGUCUUUUGUGGUGUAUUCUAUCCCAUAUUGAUAAAGCCCCGGUACUAUAAAGCGUGGCGCCUGUCCCAUAGAUUACCAAAAGAUGCUAGAAAUGUGUAUAAAUAACUUUCUUCGAUCGACGUACUUUACCUUUUCAAUAAACUUAAUAUGGCUGUAA